AUAUGCUGUAUUAAUCUACUUUUUCUUCAACAGGGUACACAGUCUGCAAACCCACACAAUGAUUAUUGUCAGCAUUUUGUAGAUACUGGACAGCGUCCACAAAAUUUUAUUAGAGAUGUUGGUCUGGCAGACAGAUUUGAAGAAUAUCCAAAGCUUCGAGAGCUAAUCAAACUUAAGGAUGAUUUAAUAGCAACAACUGCAACUCCACCCAUGUAUCUCCAAACUGACCUCCAAACAUUUGACCUCCGUGAGUUGCCAACUAAAUUUGAUGUGAUAUUAGUGGAACCACCACUGGAGGAAUAUCAGCAUACAGGUGUAAACAAUGUGCAAUUCUGGGAUUGGCAGAAGAUUAUGGACUUGGAUAUUGCACAGGUUGCCGCACCACGUAGCUUUAUUUUCUUAUGGUGUGGAUCUUCAGAAGGGCUGGAUCUGGGUCGUCAGUGUCUUCGUAAGUGGGGAUUUCGGCGUUGUGAAGACAUAUGCUGGAUACGCACCAACAUUAACAAUCCAGGACAUUUGAAAAAUCUUGAGCCAAAAGCUGUAUUUCAGCGAACUAAGGUAUUACAGCAACAUUGUAUUGUAAAUUAGCAUAGUUUUAGGAUUUAUUAUGCAAUAGAUGCAUUUUCCUAUUAUCUACCAAGCCCCAUGGUUACUGAAGAAAGACAAAUACUGUAUAAGUGAUACAGUGGACCCUCGGCCAACGAAGGCAUCGUCUAAUGAUAAAUUCGUCCAACGAAGCGUUUGAGCGUAAAAAUUUUGGCCCGACCAACGAUGAAAAACUCAACCAACAUGAUUCAUCCCGAACCUGUCCGUCCAGCCUGAGCGCCUCAGCUGCCAGGGUGGACGGUUCCACACAUGUAUUCAAUAAAUUUUGUAUUAUUCCAUUGUUUUUAGUGCUUAUAACUGCUAAAUAAGCCACCAUGGGCCCAAAGAAAGCUUCUAGUGCCAACCCUGUGGUAAAAAGGGUGAGAAAUACUAUCGUACCACGGUCAGCUGCUGCUGCACCACCGUCAGCUAUACUACUCGAAGAUGUGGAGAGUGUUUUUGGUGUGGCUUAACGAGAAACAAUUAACUCCAGAGGGUUAGCCACCCAGGAUAACCCAAGAAAGUCAUUGCAUCAUCGAGGACUGUCUAACUUAUUUCCAUUGGGGUCCUUAAUCUUGUUCCCCAGGAUGCGACCCACACCAGAAAAAAAUGCCUGGAACUAGUACUUUUAUUGGUGAAUUUAAGGCCAGCAAAGGUUGGUUUGAGAGAUUUAAGAAUUGUAGUGGCAUACACAGUGUAAUAAGGCAUGAUAAAGCUGAAAAAUUCCAACCCCAACAAGUGUUCAGUUGUGAUGAAACAGGCCUGUUCUGGAAGACAAUGCCAAACAGGACCUACAUUACUCAGGAGGAUUACCAAAACUGUUGUCCAGAGGGCUGAGGAAGGGUUGUUGAGGUGGUUCGGACAUGUAGAGAGAAUGGAGCGAAACAGAGUGACUUGAAGAGUGUAUCAGUCUGUAGUGGAAGGAAGGCGGGGUAGGGGUCGGCCUAGGAAAGGUUGGAGGGAGGGGGUAAAGGAGGUUUUGUGUGCGAGGGGCUUGGACUUCCAGCAGGCAUGCGUGAGCGUGUUUGAUAGGAGUGAAUGGAGACAAAUGGAUUUUAAUACUUGACGUGCUGUUGGAGUGUGAGCAAAGUAACAUUUAUGAGGGGUUCAGGGAAACCAGCAGGCCGGACUUGAGUCCUGGAGAUGGGAAGUACAGUGCCUGCACUCUGAAGGAGAGGUGUUAAUGUUGCAGUUUAAACUGUAGUGUAAAGCACCCUUCUGGCAAGACAGUGAUGGAGUGAAUGAUGGUGAAAGUUUUUCUUUUUCGGGCCACCCUGCCUUGGUGGGAAUCGGCCAGUGUGGUAAUAAAUAAAUAAUAAAUAAAUCAUUUUAACAUUUAUUUAUGUAGUUAUUGUGCAUGUCUCAUAGUUUUCUUUGCAGGGAAAUGUAUAUUUCAUGAAAAAAAAAAAUUUAAUACUUUUGGCUGUCUGGAACGGAUUAAUUGGAAAAUUAAUUCGACUAACGAUAAAUUCGCCUAAAGAUAAGCUCUCUGGAGCGGAUUAUUAUCGUUGGUCAAGGGUCCACUGUAAUUCAGUUCUCUCUUGAAAAAUUAAAAUUCAAAUGCUCUCAGAGUCUAUUAAUGUAUGGUAUACAUAGCCUUUUGAACAAGGUACUUAGUACCAUUGUAAACUCAGCUUCCAGAUGAAAAUAAUCGAGAAUAAACAGGUGUCCAUGCACAGCAAAUUCAUGGGAACAUCACUUCUCAGUUAUGACCUAACUAGCAUGUGUAGUAACCUUAGCUAGUACAACCAAUAGUAUAAAGAAUAAAGAACACACAUAGGAGACUGAAACUUAUGAUGAUGCUUUGGUUCAACAAUUAGUUACUAGUCCAAGUCGGACUGAUAAGUCAUAAAUUUUAUUCUCCUAUAUACUGGUCAUUUGUGUAACCAGUAGUAUCAUACAAUCCCCCAACCCCAGUUUCUGCCCCCAAGGGUUAAAGAAAGAUCAACCAGAAAUAACAUACUUCUAAUAUAUUUACAUACCCUGCGUGAAGGCUUUCUCAGCCCUGUAACAACUUCAGUCAGUAUUACUAAGGCUGGCUCCUCCUCAGGAAAAUUAAUGAAUAGAAAAAGAAUAAAAACUGACAAACAUAAACACUUUAUUAUUUAGAAAAUAUAAAAUAUAAAAUACUUAAAUAUGAAAUAUUUAUCCUACUUUAAAGAAAGAUGAAAAAUGAAAAAUAUAAAUGAUAUCUGAAUUCAACACUAAUAUAUACAAGUAAACUGGGGUGUCUGGUUGAUGUUGACACCGUCUUGUAGAAAGUGUAGCCGUUACUGAUGAUGUGGGGGGGCUCACAGGUGUUGGUGACAACCCAACGGCUAGUUCUUCACAGAGUCUAGCCUUGAAUAGUCAGUCCAGAUGACAGGAACUCAGGUUCUUUACCACUGCAAAGAUGAGGGGUAGUGUCCUGUACAAUUAAUCAGGUAGGUAGAUUCAACACGUGACGUCUCUGGACGUUAGUCCGUCUCCUUCAAUACUUCUCGUUGGUUGGCAGGUGACCCAAUCUGUCAUUCCAAGCUGGAAAGAGAGACAGGUUACCCACUACUUAAGAAAUCACUCUCCAUGAUACCUUAAAGACGUGGUGAUUAUUAAAACAUCUAACAGAGAUCAAGGCUGAAAGGACUAAGUUUAUUAUUGGUCAAAAGUGAAGCUUUCAGCCAAUAAGUCCACUAGAAUAGGAGCAGGCUUGUACUUACAGUUGUGCUGGGAGCUGUGAGUCGAGUGAUUACCGUUUGGUCGGAGCCCCCCAUGUCACCUUUUGGGGGGGAAGGGGGGGAUAGCGGGAGCUAGACUUACUCUACCUUAACAAGCAGCCAGCAAUCAAACUAUCGCUACCAUAUACUCGCUCGCUAUUCCUAUCUGUUGAACUUUUCCCUCACACUCCCCCAUACCAAGACUUAUAGUCAAGGAGUAUAAGAAGAAUAGGCGAGGAAAAAGUUCUAACAUGUGGAAGUCGCAUAAGGCAACAAAUCUACUGACUGUCACGACUUAACCAGUCAGAGAAAUAAUUGGAGGAACCAUUGAUAUACACAAUAUGGAACUUAAAAGCUUGGAGUGCCAAUGUCCACCUCAAGAGACGACUGUUGGUUCCCUUAAAAGUUUUUAGGUAUAUCAGAGGUUUGUGAUCGGUCUCUAAAAUGAAUUCUUCACCCAGUAAAUAAAAUUUAAGCUUGGAGAUACCCCACACAAGGGUCAAACAUUCCUUUUCUAUGGUGGAGUAUCUAGUUUCUGCAGGAAGGAGUUUCCGGCUUAGGAAGUAUACAGGGAAGGGAGUACCAUCAUGGUAUUGUAGUAACACAGCACCUAAUCCAGUAUUGGAGGCAUCAGUUUUUAAACAAAAUGUUUUAUUAAUAUCUGGAAUCUUAAGUAUAGGGUCUUUCGAGAAGAUACAGUGGACCCCCGGUUAACGAUAUUUUUUCACUCCAGAAGUAUGUUCAGGUGCCAGUACUGACCGAAUUUGUUCCCAUAAG